UCGUAAGUGGCCGUGUAGAGCGAGAGCUGAUACAGACGUUUGUGUUAUUAGUCCCUGUUCAAGAGAAUCAACCUGACUGACGCUUGAGCGGAAUGUCAGAUUAGCCAGCGUUUGGACGCGCUUCUCAUCAUUCCACGUUGCUUUAUCGCGCACGAGACUGGGCGAUAAGCAACAUUUCCAGACUUCAAUUAACCACAUUCUAUUACACUCCCAAAUCAGGCUUUUCUUUGUAAGACAGUUUACACAUACUGAAACAAAGUGGAUUUAACAGUGGCUACGUGGUUUACCCGCACUCCAAGAUGCUUCUGGUCUCCCAGCGGCUAGAAUCACCUCGCAUGGACCCAUUACUGCCAGGAUCCCUGAAGAGGAAAUUGACUGGGGCCGUUGAGAGUUCUGCAUCGCUAAACGGGGUCUCUGACACGUCUAUGACCCAGGGAGGUGGCAAGCGACUAUGUCUGGAGGAUGUCACCCUGGCCAUGGGCCCCAGCUACCCUCAGCAGCCCCUGUUCCCUUCUGGGAUGAGCAACCAGGGAGGUGUUCUGGAAGCCAACCGACUGAACAGUAACAACAACAGUUUGGGCUCUCCAUAUUCCGUACCCCCAAAUGCUAGUCCUGGAUCAACUCCAGGGACUGGGGGAGGUUCAGGUGCUUUGAUAAGUAACUUCAACCCAAAUGGGAGUUCAUCCACUCCUUCAGUAGAACAGGAACUGCAGGAGAUUUUGGAUGAACUUACAAAAAACCCUGAUCCUUCUUUACCAGAGCUUGACAUUGAAAAGAUCUUGGGAAAAGAAAGUGAUGACCAGGCAAAUAGUACUGGUGGUUUUGUCCACCCAGAGGGUAAUGGGACCCCCAAAAGAUCCCCACAGAGACAGUCACACCUGGAGGCCCACCUCACUCAGUCCCCUGGUUUCUCACAAGCAGGUUCCCCUCAAGUGGGGCAAAGUCCUGCUGGGGCACCAUAUACUCUGCCACACCCUUCUAAACCUGUCCCGUCUCCACUAUCAGCAUCACCUCUGUCAUCCUCUUCUUCACAAGGACAGAAUCAAGCACGGUCGCCCAUGCUUUCAGCUGCCCUGUCAAGGCCUGGAUCCAACUGGCAUGAGGUUUCCCGAGCCCAACAGCUUCAGCAGAUGGCAUCAAAUAGUAAGCACCAUCCUAACAACAGUGCAGGUCCCCCACCUGCACAGUCGGGGUUGUCUGGAUUGAGUCAGCAGGGUACUUCCUGGGCUGGUCCCUCUCCACCCUACCGACCUGGGGAUAAACUCCCUAACUCAUCCCCUCAUCAGCAGCCCUUCAGCCCUGCAGGUAAUAUUCAGAGCCCCCAGAGCUCUCUAAUCUCAAGCAUGGCUCCAGCCCCAUCCACAGGACCUUCGCCACCUUACAGGCCAGAAAAGCUAGCCAGCCCAGCAAUUGCUCAGCCCCCUUUCAGCCCACAGAACAGCCUUCUUUCUGGAAAUGCCCCACCAGGAGUUUCAGGCACUGCAAUCCAAGGCUCUCAGGCAAGUUAUCUUCCUGGUGUAGCUCCAACAUCAAGUAGCACUCGACCAUCACCUCCUUACAGACCAGAUAAACAUCCAAGUCCAGCUGGGCAAUGCCAACCAGGGGCACAACCUCCCACCCAAGGACAUCUUUUCAACUCACAAAAUAGUCAAGCACCUGCAAUGUCUAGUCAGUUGUUCAAGGCCAUCACAUCUAACCAGCCACCCAGUAGCCUCAAACUCCUUAUGCAGGCACAGGGAAAACCCUCGCAGCUGCAACUUAACAAGACCACCACAGGCGGGAUGGGUCCAGAGCCAUACUCCUUCAACAACACCAAGCCACUACGACAUUUUGACCCUGAACCCUCUGUGGCCAAACUAGGUCCUCUGACUGUGGGAGGAUACCGCAAUGCUAACAUGCAGCCCACGACGCCCACAUCGGCCACAGGACAUGGACAUCUUUUGCCACAGCGCAUGCAAAGGGGGAUGCCGGCCGGUGGUAUCGUGCCUCACUGCAGAGAUGAUCAAGGGCCAGGAAUGGUGCCUCACCUUCAGGAGCCUCCGUCAGCAGUGCCACGGCAGCCCCAGGGCAGCAACUACAACAUGAUGCUGAAGAAUCAACUAAUAAACAAACAGCUUCAACAGCAACAAGAAAAGCAAAGGCAACUGGAGCAAAUGAAUGGAGGGCAUAUCACAGACUGCCAACAGGUGGCACCAUUUCAAGGUCCAGGUCGACCGCUCCCUCCAGAGUGUUACCCUAUGGGGGCUCCUCAACAGCCAAAUUCUGCCAUGCUUUCCCAUAGCGGCCCUUUAACCACAAACCGAAUGGGUUUGUCCUCCGGCUCGGUGUCCCAGAUGGGCCCAUCAGUAGGAGUGUACAUGUGCAGCAAAGGCUCAAAACAGCCCCUCUGCCACCCGUCACAAGACUUUGGGAUGACGAUGCAGCCGGGCCAGAGCAUGAUGGGAAUGGGUGGUCCUCCACGUCAGCCACUACACCCAGCUCAUGCAGUAACCCGACCUGGAAUGUCGUGUCCAACCCUUGCAGGUGGUCCUGUGCCGACCCACCACUUACGACAGGCGCUGCACCAAGGUGGAGCUCUUCCGUCACGUAUGAUGUUCCCUUCACAGCAGUCACCAUCACAAUCUCAGCUCUGGCAGCACCAACAAGGGGUGCAAGCACAUAUGGACCCUGCGACCCACCAACACCCCUUCCCUACCGGAGGAGCUCCACCGGUAUGCGGCGGUCCUCAGUUUCCACAGAGAUCUGGAAUGGCAGGUUUGCCAGCCAACUUCCCUGGUUCCCGUCCUCCUCCUAAUCAGGUAGUCCCUGGUUUGGUUGGCCGACCGGAGCAAAAGAUGCCCACCGCCCAGCCUCUAUCCUCCAUGUCCCAACAGAGUCUCAGAAUGAGAGGUCCGCUCUCCUCUCUCGCCAUCAUGAAGCCAGGAGGCCCAUCCAUGAUGCACCCAGCUCAUGGCAUGGCCCCUCCCAGCUAUCAGACUGCUUCUGCUGGGAAACACUGUUUACCGCAGGGCUACAACCCCGGACACAAGCUGCCCUCCUAUGACUACACACCGCAGCAUCAGAGCAACGGGGCAAUGCCCGGCGGGAUACAAGGUCCUGGAGGAGGUGGCGGUGGGGAGGUGGACUUCAUAGACACUCUGGUGGGCAACAAUGAAGACUGGCUGAACAAUCUCACCAUGAUUGAUGAAUAUCUCGAGCAAAAUCAUAGGGACUGAUCAAGGGCUUCCUAGGUUUGAAAAUCACUACACACAGUGCCCACACAGGGUCGUCGCUCUGUGAAGGUGCAUUCACACCAAGAACAAUAACUAUGAUGGCAACUAUAUGGUGUCCACACCAGAAGACCUCAGAAUGUCCAUGUACUUUGUAAGGUGAAUGUUGAGACAGAAAGAGUCCAUUCUAUGGUACUGCACGUGUCAAACUUGUCCAUCCAGUUGAGUGUACUUUGAAAGCUGUGCAGACACUGCUGUGUGUGAGUCAGCAGAAUGGGGGAAUUGUGUUAUACACAGGCUUCUCCUUUAAGGGCAAUUUAUACUUCUGCAUCGAGUCCUUGCGGUAGGUCACACAGUCGCAUGCCCUUUGUCGUACCCUAAUGCUGUGUUCACACCAGGCACGGAACUCAUGAAUAAAUCACUCUAUUUGAGCAUAAAUAGACAUGUGAACAUUUUGAGUUUACUCACUUCAUUCGUGCGUCAAACUCGCUUCACAACAGCGCAUUCGCAUCAUGAGCAGGCUUCUGUCUGCCUGGUAACUCUAUCUUUGUUGUUAAAUAGCUAACAUGGAUUUGAUUGAGAGAAUAGCUGUGCUUUAGGAUGGCUAAAAAAACAGCGUAGAUUCAUUUGGCGCUGUGUCUAAGACCACUAGAUCCAUUCAGAGGCGCACCCACCACUGUGAGUUCAUAAACUUCUCCAGAAACUACACCUGGAUGAUGGAGCAUUCAGCAGUGCUUCCGACUGAGCCAAGCCCAGUUUGAUAAACUAUUAUCCGGUGUCAGCAAGAGGAUUGUCCCUCUGGACACCAACAGGCACUACGUCAAAGUCAUGGCCCCAGAAGAGAGACCCCCUGAUUGGUUAGUGCGGCAUGAAUGUCCGCUGAAUACACGCAUUAAGCCCAUCAAACGUGUUAAAUGCUCAGCUCGCGUCAUUUCAUUCAUGAGAAACGUGCCGCAGGAUGUCUAUUCGCGUGUUUGCAUUGACUUAAGGAAUUGUGCGCUUGACGCUUCAUCCGCAUCUGGUGUGAACUCAGCAUAAGGCAGACCCUGAUAUGCACCUUUAAAAAAUGUAACUACACGUCACAACGAUGCAGAGCACGAUUUGUGAUUUGCCAUCUUGGUAGUGGUGACAAGUGUGGGCAGGGCUAAGAGCCAUUUGAGCAGAAGAAGGCCAGUGAUGCGGAAGUACUAAGCUCAGCAGAGGAGCUUUGAAUGGAUACAUUGGUUUUGCGUUUAUUUUGUGAUUAAAGUGUGAGUUUGAGCUACAGUAGCAUUGCAUUAAUUUCCAAUAUGGAAUCUCCACUGCCUACUAGUGUUUUGGAAGUGCUAUUGCAGAGCAACAUGGACAGAACGCAGAAGUACAAAUGCACACUACGGCUGCUUUCAAGGUAUGCGGCGUGAGGUAGAGUGAUCACUCGACGCAGAAGUAUAAAUGUUUAAUGGUUUAAACAAUAAACAAAGCAAAUUAAAAAGAAGUUAAAUGGUUUCAUUUAGAAGACGGGACUUAUUCCCACAAUGUUGUGCAUUACACUUUCUCCCAUUCAUAUUAAAAUGAAUGUACCGUCAAGGUGCAAGCUGUUUAAACUUCAGAGAAUUCUGAUUGGCAGGAUUGUAAGAAUGUUACCGAUCACAUUAAAGUCACACAUCACAGUGUAUACUUCAGGAUUCUCAUAAAGUUUAUAGUUAUCGUCAUAGUUAUGGUGUUUGGUGUGAACAGGUCUUAAAGUCCCCCAAGUGUUCUGGUCAUGGUUAGCAUUACUGAUAAUGUGUUGGUGGAAAUGAUGCACUGCUAAGCCUCAAGACAUGGUUCUGGCCACCAUUAAACUGGCUUAUAUUAUAAGAUGCCCUUUCCUUUUCUCAAUGGUUGCUCUUCAAAUGCUCUCUGCGCUACAUACAGAUGAUAUUGUAGUCGUCAUUAAAUUAAAAUGGAGUAAAACACUGAUUUAGGAAGAAUGGGCUUUCCCUGGCAGUGUAAAAAAGUCCUAUGUCGAUUAAAGAUAUAUUUCACACAACAAAAACAAGCAUUCUGUCAUUGUUUACUUGCCUUUAUCUCCUCUCGGCUGAAACACAAAUGACAUUUUGAUGAACUGUGUUUAACCAUGAGUUUAAUGUUAAUGGGGUCCGACAACACUGAUUUUAGCUGAGUAAAUGAUGACAGAAUUGUAAUUUAUUUUUGGGUAAGCUAUUCUCAUAAUGCAAAAGGUUACAGUAUUGUUGGCGGGCUCGUUCCAGACCAGGCAAACAUCUGCAACGUCUCAUUCCUGCUAUCUGAAAAGCAUCUAAGAUCAUUUCCGUGAUGGACUGUUUGAGGGUAUUUCAAAAGGGGUCUCGUCCUGUACAUAAAGUAUUUUGUAAAAUAUGGUUUCUUAAAGUGUAACAUACAAAAAAGAGAAGUACACAUAUUUAUGCUUCUUUUCUGCUGACGGAUUUCUUUGUAAAUACUUACUAAAAGAGUAAAUAAAACAAAAAUUCAAUGAUGUAAAGAAAUGUGUGUCACGUUGAAAUUGCGAAUGAAAUAUUUUACACUAGGAAACUCUAUUGUAAUUUGUAUUAUGCAAGACAGUAUGGUUAGUUGUGAAGUAAUACUAUGUAUUACAAAGAUGGAAAAAAUUGUUAUGUUUUUGACAUAACUGGACUUCUGGUACUCCAGUCUGGCUCAUGAUGGGGUUUUGUUUGGUCUUUUUAAAUUGUAACGUUUGGAGUAUAACGAUUCUCAACAUUUCAUUCAGACAUUAGAGCUUCUCUAUCUUGUGUCAUAUUGCCAUAGCAUAAUACAUUUUACAUUAGACACCAGUGUCCAUGUAAUAAUAAUCUGUUCCCUCUUACGAAAUGAGGAGAUCUUAAAAGAUCUUGAUGUUCUCUGGACCAAGGACACUUUUCAGCAAUUCUGGGAAUGUUUUUUGUAAGUGCACACCAGCUACACUGAAACAGCAGCCUCGACGUAGCAGAGGGAUGAAAAUAUAUGAUCACACCACCUAUAAUGUAAUACAAGAGCAACACCUGUCACAGUAAGUGGAGAAAAAACCCACAGUCCUUUGUGCCAGAGUCUUGGGUUUCCAGUAGUUCAUGACCAUGUAGUUGAUGCCAUGAACUUUAAGACAUUCUGAUUUGUGAUUAAUUGUGAUUUAUUAUAUUUUGUCUUCAUAUUUUUAGAUUGGGAAAUAAACUGUAUAAAAUCAAAA